AUGGCAGAAGAAGAGGAGAGGGAUACAUCCACUCCACGGUCCUUUGCUGGCCAAAGCGUCUCCGCGGAGGAGAUGCUGAAAGAGCAAACUGUCGGUCUUGUUCAUCUCUCCGACUUUCGCAAGCGGCGCGCAGAAGUUCUAGAGCAAAAGGAGCGCGAGGCGCAUGACAAGUCUCUGGGGCUACUGGUAUCUGGUAAUUCAAGAAGUGCAACUCCCUCCGCAGGCGAUGUAACUGACGGAUCAACGCCUCCCCGGAGUGACGGUCCCGCGAAAAAGAAGAAAAAGAAGGCUCUUGCGAAAAGCAAGCUGUCAUUUGGCGAUGACCAGGAUGAAACGGGGGAGGACUCCACAGCAACUACACGCGACUCAAGCGCAUCACGGUCAGGUUCGAAAACACCCGCCGAGGAUAGCGCGGCGCGACGCAUGAAAGCAAACCCGAAUGCACCCCCACCACCCAAAGCUUUGACAAAGGCGUCCUUGGAAGCUGAAGCGCUGGCUCGCGACACUCUCCGCAAAGAGUUCUUGGUCAUGCAGGAGGCUGUGAAGAACACCGAUAUUCUCAUUCCAUUUGUCUUCUACGAUGGAACAAGUAUACCAGCUGGAGCCGUCAGAGUCAAGAAGGGUGACCAUGUUUGGUUGUUUUUAGAUCGGUGCCGGAAGGUUGGUGCCGAGAUGGGCGUACGUGGUGCCAGUGGUGCAUCCAAAGAGAAGAAAGAUAAUCGCCGAGAGUGGGCACGAGUCAGUGUCGACGACUUGAUGCUUGUCAAGGGCGAUAUCAUUGUUCCUCAUCACUACGAGUUCUACUACUUCAUCGCCAAUCGAGUGCCCAGUCUUUCCCGAGCUGGCGGUUUGCUGUUUGACUAUUCCAACAAACCCCCCGCUGCCAAUUCUAACGAUAAUCCGCUGUCCCAGCCUAGUGACGAUCAACUAGAGGGCGCAGAUAAGGAUUUUUCAGAAACCAAGGUCGUAGAUCGACGGUGGUAUGAGAAAAACAAGCACAUUUACCCAGCCAGCCUGUGGCAUGAAUAUGAGCCCGGGAAAGAGUUUGAAGAGAAGAUGACUUCAACACGGCGCGAUGCUCAGGGAAAUACAUUCUUUUUCUAG